CCAAUCAACGAGGGCUGAAGGGCCCCAAGAGGAAGUGACGUUAAAGCGGCAGCUGUCGAUACCUGCUUGCUGUCAAGAUCCCGGAUGUUUUUGGUCAAUAGCAACAUGGUUGUAGAUAUUCAGCCAGAUUGCCUUGGACUUUAUUGUGGAAGAGCAGUGGCAUUUAUAAAUGGGACUGAGACUCUCGGUGAUUGUGGGGUGUGUCCAAGGGGGCAAAGAACAGAUGCCCACAAAAUCUGUCGGCCGUGUAUGGGAUCUCCAGAACGCUACGAUUGGCUUUACCUUGGCUUUAUGGCAAUGCUUCCUCUGAUCUUGCAUUGGUUCUUCAUUGAAUGGUAUUCAGGCAAAAAGAGCUCCAGUGCGCUAUUCCAGCACAUCACUGCUUUAAUCGAGUGCAGCUCAGCAGCCGUCAUUACUCUGCUUGUGAGCGACCCCAUGGGCUCUCUGCAUAUCCGUUCAUGCAAGGUGGUGAUGCUUUCUGACUGGUACACCAUGCUUUACAACCCCAGUCCCGAUUACGUUACCACAAUUCACUGUACCCACGAAGCAGUCUAUCCUCUCUACACCAUUGUAUUUAUAUACUACGCCUUCUGUUUGGUGUUGAUGAUGAUGCUCCGGCCCCUUUUGGUAAAGAAGAUUGCUUGUGGGCUAGGGAAGUCUGAUCGGUUUAAGAGCAUUUAUGCAGCUCUCUACUUCUUCCCAAUCCUAACUGUGCUUCAGGCGGUUGGCGGUGGCUUGCUCUAUUAUGCUUUCCCUUACAUCAUCAUAGUGUUAUCACUCGUCACCCUGGUUGUGUAUCUGUCAGCUUCCGAAGUAGAAACUUUCAAGGAUCUCCUUGUCAGGAAGAAAAGACUCAUUGUCCUGUUUAGCCACUGGUUGCUGCACGCCUAUGGAAUCAUCUCCAUUUCCAAGCUGAACAACGUUUACCAGGACUUGCCCCUGCUGGCUUUGGUGCCUGCACCUGCUCUCUUUUACUUGCUUACUGCAAAGUACACAGAACCUUCCCAGAUACUCGCCGAUGGAGCAAAUGGACAUUAACCAUAACUGAUGUGUAAUGCGUAGAUGGAAGCUGCCUGGAGAUUCGUGGAUUCACCUGUGCUUCUCCUCUUAGAGGAAGUUGUCAUUUCUUUAUGGGCCAUCUUCAGGUAAAGUUUCUUGUCUCCCUAGGAUCAAGACUUUGUUCCUGCACCGCUAGAUUCUAUCCUUCUAAGCAAUUUAUGGCCACCCUGUGCAUGUAAUGCCUUAAAACUGUUUUAUCAGCCAGAGGAGCUAAAGGCCCCACUCAUUUUAAUGGUGAAGGUCCAACCCUGUCCUCUGUAAAUAUGUUUAUAUUUGUCCAUGAUGUGUGAACAUGAGACAUUUUGUACAGUGUUCCUGGAAACAGUGUAACUUUAUUUAUUUCUGAAUGCAGUAUUUUAUCACAUCUCUGAAGAAAGAUACGUAGUAGAAUAAAGUUCAGUAUUCUGA